AUGCCGUUCCUGACACCCCAGACCAUGCUGUGCCUUGCUGCUGCUGUGAUCAUCUCCUCCGACUGGAUCACCCUGGGAAGAGUCGAGGGCCAGCGCGGAGAUGACAUGAGCCAAGAAACGUUCACAGAUGACCCGAAUCUGUUCAGUGAACUUAACACAGAUGAAUCUGUUCUGGCAGACAUCCAACCUUCUCUGGACGAGCUGGCCUCAAGCAAUGACCGAAACACCACAGCAGAGUGCAGAGACGAGAAAUUUGCUUGCACAAGACUCUACUCGGUCCAUCGGCCAGUCAAACAAUGUGUCCACCAGGUUUGCUUUACCAGUCUGCGUCGCAUGUACAUCAUCAACAACGAGAUCUGCUCCCGCAUGGUGUGUAAAGAACACGAAGCGAUGAAAGAUGAGUUGUGCAGACAGAUGGCUGGCCUCCCUCCCAGGCGCCUCCGCCGCUCCAACUACUUCCGUCUCCCUCCCUGUGAAGACACGGACCUGCCCGGGGCCCGAGGCCUGUGAUCGCCCCCCGGGGAGCAAGGAGGAGAGAGCCCCGCCCCAGCUCGCCCACAGACACCAGACCUAACCCCAUCUCACACCCAUGCCCAGCUCCUCUGCUGCUUCUCUUGAUCUCGUAAUCUCAUUUAUUCCCUGCCUCCAGACUUAAGCCUCCG